CGUUACCCAAAGGAAACUUUUCGUCGAAUCUCUAUCGUUUUCUUUUGAACGUCAUCGUCAGUCUGAUGAGUUGUGCCUGAAGAGCAUGGAUCUGGGCCACUCAAUCCCACUCAAAUGAUAUUUUAAAGCUUCAUAGCUUCGAGUUACUCUUUUUGUUUCCUGGGGAAGGUAGCUUCGUCUUGCGUCUCCAUUGCAAAAUCCAAACCAUGCUGAGUCGAGUUCGUCUUUUGGAAAUUUCGAUUGCUUCUUUCGUGCUGUAUACAAAGGUCGCCAUUGCGUUCCUAAGUGCGCAAGCACCUUUCCGAUCCGGUCUUAACCCAAACAAGGUCAAUGCGGCGCUCCGCACUUUUGCAACCAAGGUACCCCCUACCACCGUUGCCGACAAGUCUGGGAUUGACGAGAUCAUUGCCCCCGACCUUCCCACCAUCCAGGAAUGGACCGAAGAGGCUCUCCUUCAUUGUGGUACCCCAGGAGGAUACCAAGCACUUCAACACUUAGGCCAGGCCACCCAGCAGAGACUCUCUUAUGACUUUGACGCCAAUAAACAGUGCCAAUCAAAUGUGAGACUUGAACCUCAGCUAUUCCCAAAACAUGUCACCGGACAAGUCUCUUCGAUUGUCAAGGAGAUGGAAUCACAAGGCUUACUCAGCACCAAUCUGGAUUCUGUGGAUGGCCUUCCUAGUUUCCACCUAAACCUUGUCAGCAACGGCCAGCCACUCUUCCCGAAGGAACAAGAAUCUGUGUCUGCUUUUGGCCGAAAGACUCAAGAGCUACUCACUCUGGUAGAACCGUAUAUAUACAACCACCUGUUGCCACAAGCGAGGGUGGUGGGCCAAUCCAAGCGCUUGGCAGUGUCCGACAUUUUCCUGCGACGAUACGGACAAGACAGUGAGGAUGCUCGGAAUGGCAUCUCCGCCCACUAUGAUGUCUUUAGCAAAGUGACAUCGGUCAUUGCCAUGGACAAUGCUGCUGCAAGCGGCAACAACGGCUUGUACACAACUGCAACCGGCGCCAACACAGAUCAAGGAACAAGUUCCAAUCAUGCCAGCUUGAGACGAUACUUUCCGCUCAAACAAGGAGAUGCCGUGAUCCAUACAUGGGACGUUUUGCAUGGCGUGGACGUCUUGCCUGGGAGCGACCGUACCAGCCUGAUUGUUUGGUUUACAGAGGAACCCGAUGAGAAAGACUUGGGUGUGUCACCGUGGCUUCUGCAAGAUGAAGAGAAGUUGGAAAAUGACGACGUGACACAGUUUGUCCUUGCCAGUGCAUUAGCCAGUGCAAACGAACUGGCAUCAGACGACGAAGACAAUGAUGGAGAAGUCGCAGCAAUGUAUCACACGGCGCCUCCCCAAAGCAAACAAUGUCCAAUGGGCUUGAACUCACAAAGGCUAUACCUACAAAGUGCUGCCCGAGGGAACUCGUUUGCGCUGUUUCGAGUUGGAAGCAUUUGCGAGGGAGAUGAAUGGGGCAGCAAGGACCUUGAGAAACAAGCCAAGUGCUUACUGGAGCUACUGGCAACCAAGAGCAAACUUCCCCGGGCUCUACAGGAAGUAGAAAUUCCAUCGUCCCAGUAUGUGGCAUGGCAGUUCUGGUGGGAAUCUGCUGUCCGUGGCAAUCCCAACGCUCAAGUUGCACUCGCGGACGACUUGAUGGUACAUGCCACAACAUCAUCAGACAUUUGCAACCGUGACGAAAGCGUUCUGUUGGCAACUGUCUUGUACGGCCUUGCAGCACAACAAGGCAUAGAGGAUGCACUGGACCGACUCACACAAGUGGUUGGGCUGGAAGUGGACAGCAAAGGAAUUGAAACAGAAGCAGAAUUUUUGAACUCACCGGUGGUUCAGACUGCACAGGCAGCCACUUCAUGACAUCAGCUACAUUCGUGCCGGUGCAUACGCCUGGGACAACGGAAAAAUUGCUCCGCUUUUGGAAAGUGUAAAUAUGGACACACUGUAAAACGAGUCAUCUAUCUCUAAUGCUGCCAUAAUCUAUCUAUCUGU